CAACAUGGCGGAGACAAAGCGUAUAGCAGCUAAUAAUAAACUUACCAACUCCCCCUUCUCUACCAAUUCAUUUCAGGCUUAGCUUUUGUAGUUUUUCAUUAUGGCUGUCGGACCCAUUACUGGAACUUUUAAGAGACAAAUUAUCGUUGACUUUUCUACGAUCCUCGGUUUAGGAACCGCUGGAGGUUUGGUAUGGUGGUUCGGUUACCACAAGCCUGCUUUUAAGCAACGUGAUGAAUAUUACAAGAAACUUGCUGCUGAAAAGCUUUCUGAAUAAGUCGGAUGACCUGUGAACGUGUCUAAAAUGCGUUAGUUCAACUGUUAAGUACGCUAUACUGGUCUUUUUUUCCUUUUUUUUUCAGUUAUGAUUUCGCUCUCCUUUUCUUACUUAUCGGCUUCGUUAUAAAUUUAGCUCGUUUACCCUUUUGGUCAAAAGCCAUAGGCGUUUGUUCAAUGAGAGAAGUAUUUUAAUUUUAUAUUAGAAUUUGCUUUUAUUGAGCAACAAUUAACUGGUAAAUUGAAAUCUUUUCGCUACCGUCCCUAGCCAAAAGUAGUUCUUAUCCCGUAACUAAUCCAAGUUCAUUAAAAAAUGGUUUUUUAAACUGAUAAUCAAAUUCCUUACUCGUAACUGUUUUUGAGAGAGAGACAGAUGGAAGCGGUAAGAAUAGCUUCUUACUUUAAUGAUAGCUGAACUAUGAAACAUAUAACCCA